CCCACUUCCGUUUAACUCGCCAUCUUGUUGCCAAGAAAGCUUCUUUCUGUCUGUCUCAAGGUUUUGGUAGGGCCUUUUCACAUUCUGUCGAAACGGCAACAGUGAAACAAGAUGGCUAAGGAAUGCAUGGAUGAUUUCUCAUUCAACAGAUUGCUGAAUGACAUUAAUCAGCAAACUUCAUCCUUGGAUAAAAAAGUUGAGACACUUUACAGCUCUAGAGGAUUCUUCAGUGCUGAUCAGGCAGCCACACUAUUAUAUUCUUAUGGAAGUCCUGCAGACAAGAUCAAAGCUAUUAGAGUCUUGGAGCCGAGGCUAUGUCGGAUGACAUGUAAGGAUGCUCGAGAUAUCAUCGGGGCAGUCAGUGUUCAUAACGACAAAUUGAUAGUGUUGGAUUGUAUAAAAAGGUGUCUUUGUGACUACCAGACAACGAUGGGAGAGGAAUAUAUCCUCAGUGCCUUCCCUUUUGAACACGACAAACAAAGAGCCAUGCACAUUCUGCAGACUGUCGGAUCCUCGGUAGCCAAUAAAGUGGCAGCUGGCGGUCACCAAGGUUACGCUGCCCUUGGUGGUCUCUAUACGCAGGCUCGACCAAUGGUUCCCCAUCUUUAUGGACCUCUAGCCAUGCAGGCUGACCUCAUCCCCGGAUACGGCAAGAUUGAAAUUCCACCUGAGGCCCAGCCUGGUGUGGUUCCAUCUGUUUACACGGGACACCCUUCAUACGCCUACCCACCAGAUAAAAGCUAUGCUGAGGAUAGGGGUUACCCUGGUAACAGCACCCUAUUCCAAGGGUCCGCAAAACACACCUACCCCGCAGGGGCGCCACCCCUGGGACACCACAGCGGAGCUCCAUUCCCCACAGGGUUUCCACAAUUGGAAGCCUAAAUAUACAAUGUUAAAUAAUGCCUGGAGGAUGUUAUAAAGGAUGAAAUGUAAUUGGGAAAAACUUUCAAAAUUUUUUGGUAAAUUCUGUAUAAAAAAAAACUUUUGAAAAGAAUAUAUCAUUGUAUGCUAUAUUACGUUUUUGCACGGGAGCUAAAAUGAAUAACAGCUUAUUCUAAGUUUAUAAUAAUGUCUGUGAUUUUAUUUUCUAAAGUGCAGUGUGUUUCGACAAGCUUUAAUAUGGAGACGCUGAAUAAAGAAAUGCUAAGUAAAAAUUACAGAUUUUACAUUAUUAUAUUUGCUUUAUUUUUUUUUUCAUUAAAUGACUUUGGAUAUUUGAUGUAAUGUGCUUUUUUAAUAUUUAGGAAAAAAAAUUCAAUAUCAUUUUCCAGACUAUUUAUCAUACUUUUACGUCAAUGAAUUUUCACAAUAGCUGUCUGUGAUAAAAUUGUAAUAAUGGUUUUGAUUCUUGUUCUAUUUAUAAACAAAAUAUGUUAGAAUUAAUGUUUAUAUUUAUUUGUGUACCUGUAAAAUAAUUGUGUAAAAAUAUGAACUGCACAAUGGAACUAGAAAUAUCAAUUAAGAAGAAAGCAAACAAAAAUUCUGGCACUAGAUAUAAAACGCGUAAUCACAAACAGUUAUGAUCCUAUAAUUUUAGAUUAAAUCCUCUUGAAAUUAUUUCAAUUUUGAUUGAAGACAUGUAGAUUUCAAUUUCCUUUUUCUUGAAUCUUUUGGAUAUUUUUUGCAAUAUUGAGGAUUAAAAUCUCUAUAAUUGACUCUAUCUUUGAUGAGCCAAUGUGAUGCCAAAAUGUAAUAAUCAGGAAUUAGUUUAGAUAAACUACACCCCUCACUAACCUGUAUUCCAUAGAACAUCAAAUUUCUGGACUUGUACCCAGUACAUUCUGAAUCACAUAUUUUAGCAAUAAGUGUCUAAAGCUGAAGGUUACUUCUACAAUUAUUACAAGUUUGUCAACUCUCUUCAUGCUAAUGUUUUGACAAUGAUUAAAGAAAUCAAGAAGAUAUUUGAGAAAUUGUUUAUUUUUCACCAAUAAAUGAAAAAAUGUACCAGAUUUUAAAUUUUAAAUUUUAGUUGUUUUUUUUUGUUUUUUUUUUUGAUAUAAUGGAAUUUACUUUUAUUCUAAUUUGAAUUCAUUUUUACAAAAAUCAUGAAACAAAUUAUACAACUGAAAUCAAUCACUCUUGUUGGCCCUGCUAAAAAUAUACAGAGUCAGGGUUUAUGUUUGAAGAAAGCAGUUUACCUGAGGAAACCCAUGUGGUUGGGCAGAUACAUGUAUUCAAUCAGGUAAUCAAACAAUUGUCGCCAUGGCGAUAGGGGACUAUGAUAUCCAUAACACACUCAAACACCUUAUUCUAAUUUGCUCAAAAACUUUCAGCACAUUAUCAUGGAUGAAAGUGUUCAGUUUUGAUACUGAAUUCAGUAUUUUGGAAAUAUUUUCCCCCAUGUAUUCCUAUGUUAAGACCAGAUUUUCAGCAUUUCAGGAGCCUGGACACUUUCACUCAUGCAUUAUGCAAUCGGUUUUAACUCUCUGCGAUACUUCUUAAAUGUACAUAUACAUAUAUAUAUAUAUAAGUAACCCAGUUACACAUAGAUAUGUUACGUAAUCCAGUGUUAAUGUAUUGUUGUAUUUGUGUAUUGUUUUCUUUUACAUUGUUAUGAACUAUCAAAUAUUUACAUUAUUUGUUGAUUAAACAUUGUCGCUUGAUAUAUAUAAAAACAAAUAUUUUUCCAGCAUCAGUAUUAUAUAUACUUAUACCAGUCAGAUUGUGGCUCUUGUCUGAAUUUAAUUUUUCGUCUUCUGAAGAUAUCUUAUUUUUUAUAGCAUAUGAUUUUAUUGUACAUGGUACUUUUGUAUUUUUUUUUCUUGCUAAUAUACAUUUUGUAUAUGUACUUAUGAAAAUCAUUAAUUAAAAGCUGCUUAGAUAUUAAAAUAUAAAACCAGCUAAGCUUGAAACUAAUAAAAUAGCAUUCAAAGUAUAUUUUGAUAAUUAUAUGUUUUUUUUAAUUUAAGAAUUGGUGUGAAUUGUCUUGCUUUAUGCAGCCUGCAUUGUUUCAACAUCAGUCUGCGUUUUGCGAGAUUGCAUAGUAGAUAAGUAUGCACAGUCACCAAAUUGUAAAUGAAAAAAUUUUGAUGAUAUAUGCAAAAAAAAAAAAAAAA